GGGGGGGAGAUCCUGAACUGUUAAAUCCCUCAAUACUUAUCAGUGCUGUGGAGCAGUAUUAGACACUGACAUCAAAGAUGUAAAAAAGGUGUUAAUGGAUGGGGAGAGCUCAUCCUAGGGAGCGAGCGGACAGGAAGGUACAAAGACUGGUAUUAAUGAGGCUUUCCUGUGAUCCUAUGAUCCUUUGUAUUCAGUGUCACAUCUCGUGAGGGGCCCCAGAUUUCACAACUAUGAUCCUGUCAAUGUAAAUGUAAUGUCUCUGCAGAGAUGGAAUUUAGAGAACUUUGAUGCACAGCUUCUGCUCUCCUUAUUAAUCUGCAUUUAAGUUCUGCAUAGGGAGGACAGAACAAUGCUCAGACACAAACAAACGGUCCCCAAAUUAGAAGAGAACUAAUUUUGCUAUCUAUCUAUCUAUCUAUCUAUCUAUCUAUCUAUCUAUCUAUCUAUCUAUCUAUCUAUCUGCCAGUCUGUCUUCAUAACCCUGCUUGAUAUUGUUCUUCAUCUGCCAGAAAUUAAAACAGACACCAAAACAAUUAAGUAGGUUAGCAAGGGGUUAGUUUGACAGCAAAAGAACCUUUACCAGUAUUUGGGACACAUGUCCUAAUCCCACUAUACAGGGGAGUACCACAGAAGCUAUAGGGAUUAUUAGGGGUCAGCAUCUCCCCUGUAAUACCUUUGUUUUGUCUCUUAGCUGCUGGAAUGUAAAGUCUAUCGUCUAAACUGGAGUUUUUAUGAGCAAAAUGCUGUUGAAAGGGUGCACAGGCACACAAACUAGCAUCUGUAAUCAUUAUGUUACCAUGCAAUCAGCACAGUAACCAUGAUGACCGCCAUGGCAACGGUUGUCGAGAGAACAUUUUCAGAUUUCUGCACACCCACAUUGUACAAAUGGAAAAAGGCUGCCCACUCGGAGGCAGAUAUCUACUGUACAAAGUACACAUUAUGCAACACAUUCAGAAGGGAGCUUUAUCUAGGUGCUUCAGGGGGCAGUAUAGGUGGUUCAGCACUGGUUCAGACCUGGCUGCAGGCAUUUGUGUGUGGGUUUGCAUAUUCUCUCCAUAUUUGUGUGGGUUUGCUUGAGGUGAGCCAGUUUCUACCCAAAUCAAAAACAUACAUAUUUAGCAUUAGGAAGACUACUCUCAUUGACCUGUGCACGCUGUGGACUGAUGGUCUACUGCUGCCAGUUGUGGACACAACUGCAAGCCUCUGUUUCUCCAAUGUCAUGUACUAAUUCCAGUCAUGUACAGUCUCUUCCUAGGGCUUAUCUCUUCUUAACUUAUUUUAUUUGUGUUGUUAUAUCUAGACUGCCCUUACUCUAAGCCUACUGCUUGAUUAUAUGUGUGUGUGUGUGUGUGUGUGUGUGUGUGUAUGUGUGUGUGUAUACUAUACACACAGUAUGGUUUGCCAUAAUACAUAUUUACCAUCUAAUGGAAGAGUUUGUGUUUGUAUGCACAAGCAUUCACAAACAAAAAUGUGCUUAUCAUGUCUGCAUCAGAAGUUCUAAGAUAAUAUUAUGGCUUGCAGGCUAAUGAGGAUUCAAUGUUCCUAGCUUUUCUAUCAAGAGCUCACCAAAGUGCUGCAUGUUUUUCUUUUGAUAAUUACCUCUUUUUUAUUAUGUCUAAAUCACCUUGUGUUUUUUGUUGAAAUUAAAGUAGUAGCAUUGAGCAAAAACAAUGCUGAUGUAGAUUCACACUGAGCCUGAUGGUUCACAUUCUUGGGUUGGCUACAGCUGACACAGGCAGGGGCAGAGGGGGCUAAAACAUUCUCCAAAACAAGACUUCAAAAUAAAAUAAAAUAAAAUAAAAUAAAAAAAACCAACAACAACCUCAAGACAUAGGUAAAUAAACAAUAUCAUCCUGUCAGAAUGGACCUGAAGGAAUGUUAGUUGGUAUUUCUGUUACAGAGUCAAAAAGAUAACUCACAGGUGUUACAAUCUCCACACCAAAAAAAGAACAAAAAAUAACUGGAUUUAAUGUAUUUAUGCAUACCAAGAAUGGUAUGAAUGAGAAUCAAGAGCAGGACUGGAAAAACAUUUAUCCACAGUUAUGCACUGUCUCCCCCUCACACUCCACUCCCUUGUCACUCCCAAGCCUAACCUGUUCAACCUGUCUGCACCUGGCUGACAAGAGUAUGUGGGUGAGAAGUGUCACAGUAGAGUGAACUGUAAGCCAAGGAAGAAAAGGAGGAGGGGGUGGAGAAGCACAGGGCCAUGGAAACAGACAACACAGAUGACAUUGAAUCUCUCAUGGAGGACAUGGACUAUAUCCCCGGUCACUUUCACCUGGACCUCAACCUUAACUGUGAUCCUGUUGGGCCUGUGAAGCUGCGACACAGGGACACUUACCUCAAACAGGAGAGCCUGUGGGGAGAGUUAGAGGCUGAAGUUGGAUAUCUGCAGUACGCUGUCAGAAAUCUCCUGGGUCUGUUGGCUUUUCACCUCGAACAGCUGGACAAAGCUGAGGAAAUAUUUAGGAGCAUUUGUAAAGAAGACCCUGGGAACCUCAACGCCUGGGCCAACCUGGGUUAUGUGUACGAUAAGCUGGGGAGAGAGCUAGAUGCCGGGGAGUGUGUGGAGAAAGUGUCUCACCUCAUGGGUUUAGAUGCUGGAGAGGCCUCUCAGGAAGAGACCAGACUGUUGGCAGCCCGCUGCCUGGCUGAACAGGCCUACGUCUAUCCGUAUGAUGUGGAGCUGGACAGCGAGAAUGACCUGAGAGAGAGACUGACUGCAGCACUGACAAUGUACAACAGAGCCCUGGACUAUGGGGGACAACUGAUACCAACAGAGGAAAAACGAAGCUGGUAUUUUAAAAUGGCCACCAUCUACAUAAGACUAGAUGACAUAGUAAAGACCAAAGAAGAUUCUGAAUACUCCAGACUCUCUCACUACAAUAAGGGGAUGAAGCUUCUAAAAGAAACACUUGAAUCUGAGAAAACACAAUAUAAAGCUCUUGCCUGGUGUUACAUUGGCAUCAUGUUGGAGAGGAAGGAAGAGUUCACCACUGUGCCCAUGUCUAUACAUGACUGUGGAUACUCUGCCUCUGAUCCUCUAUCCUGCUAUGGAACUGCCAUAAAUAUGGCCGGUGAUGAUGCAUUCAUCCUGAACCUUCUGGCCAAGGUCUUCUUUCUACUGGGCAAACAUGAGAUGGCCACAGGGAUCAGCAACAUGGCUCUAAAUGUGCUGCCAGAUCCAGAGCUCAACUGGCAGGCUUACUGCACCCGCGCCAAGAUCAAUAUGAUGCUCUACGUCAGGGACCUGGAGAAGGCAAAACAUGGUCAAGGUGGAAUCCCAGACCGACAGAGGCUAACUGAGGCCAGAAAAGACUUGGACAAGGUCCUGACUGUGCGUCCAUGUCUGCGGACUCACCUAGAGAUGGCACAGGUGUACUACUACAUGGGUGUGGAUGCUCUGCAGGAGAGCCUUCUGGUGGAUGAGGCAGCAGUGAAUAGUGCGUUGGUGAGUUUGUCUCAUGCCCUACAGUUUAAGCUGGGUGACAGCCUGCCAGACCUCCAUGUGCUCAGAGGUCGCUGCCUCCAGCUGAAAGGCGAGGAGCAGAACGCUGCAGACUGCUUCAAACAGGCCAUGGAGUUAGAAAGGCCAGGAAGCACAGACACCACAGCCCUGCGCUGCCUCCUACAGGUCCUCCUGGCUCUGUUCAUGCAGGGAGGCCCCGAUCCCAGCCCUGCUAUCACCCAGCUGGAGACAUGUGUGCAAAAGGCAGAGGAGAAGUACCCUAAGGACAUUGUGAAGGCUGAGCUGAGGUGCCUUUACAGGACUCACACAGAGGAGGUCACAGAGUUAUCCAGGGCUCUGAUCAGGACAGGACGCCUGGAUCUAGUGAGGAGGCUACUGCAAACAGUAGUGCCUACACAACUGUCUAAGAAGAGACCACUUGCAAGGUCUUUCUCUCUCACAUGAGGCAAAUAUGUGACUUUAAAGAGAUAGGCAUGUGACCAAACCAGACCAGACAUACUGUAGUAAUUAACUGUAAUUAACUUUUUGACAACAUUUCACAGAUAAAAAUGAACAGGGGUGCUCUGUGAUUAAACUGUCUUUACUGAAACUGGGUAUGCUUUUAAGCUGUGAUUUGUCAUUAACCUGUAGGAAGAAGAAGAUGAUGAAGAAGACCAACAAUAACAAAAAAUAACUUUUGGAAAGGCUGUAUCCACUGAGUAACCUACAGUUCCAGUGACAGAACACGUUAUAUUCCUAUAUGUUGAAAUCUUCACGUUUUUUUGACAAAAUAAAAUGGUUGUGACUUUU